AUGGCCCUUCCUCCAGAACAGAUUAAUAUCAAGCGGAGACGCGAAGAAGAACCAGUGGAAACAUUGUUUAUUCAAUCUGCGCUACACCAGACCAAGCGCCGAUUUACUGACUAUGUGUUCCAUCGAGUUACACUUAAAAGUGAUGGAAGCCCUGAUGACUCCGGCGCCUCAACGCCUCCUCACCCAGCUACCCAGAGAUUGCUACGUAGUCCCCGAUCAGUGAGCAGUCUGCACAUCCCACCUCGGCGGACUGCUCAAACGAAUUCUCCAAGCGGGAUCCCCACUGUACGAGCGACGUCCCCUGGUGCUGAGAUCCGUGAAGUCCAGCGAGCCGCAGCCGCUCGAAAGGAGGCUGAAGAAAAGCGCAAGCGCGCAAUCUAUGGUCCUCCUACACCGCAAUCCGUUUCCCCAGUCCCGCUAGGCAAUACUCUUGCGCCUGGGAGGAGACCAACUGAGCAAGACCAUGUAUCAGCUUCUGUGCCAUCCUCACCGCGCCAUGCGCCCUCCGUUCGUCGCUUCCAGAUCAGCAGACCAAGCGCCUCGACUCCGGGCUCGCGCCCAGGUUCACGUGCUGGCAUUCAGAAGCGCCGAGCUGAUGGUGCUGCGCCAGGAAUUGCUAUUUUGGUGGAGCAGCUUACACGCAAGCCGCAUUCCCGUCAAGCUUCUAUGAUUGCAGACCUCGUGCACCAGGCUCAGUCUGAAAGUGACGAAAGCAUUAGGAUCAAGACACCCGAGGAGCCAGCACCACAAGUGAAACCCAGAAAGCGUCCUGUCGUCAACCAAGCUGAAAAGAAAUGGCGAGAGCAACGCCAAGGCGCUAUCACUGCCGCAAAACAACAUCUUUCGGACACACUGGAGAAGUCUGCCCGAGCCCAGCAGACCACAUGGGAUGAAGAGUCGGAGCGCCUAGCUAAGGAAUUUGAGCAGGUUGCCCUAGAUAUCGAAAGAGAUAUGGAAGCUGAGCCUAUGGACUACAAUGAUAACUUUGCUCCGCCAUCACCCCAACCUCGGCCACAGUACAAACCCCCGCAGCCCUUGAAACACCAACCGCGGCCUCCUAAACAACCCAGAGUUGUGCCAUCUCACCCAUCUCACCCAUAUCCCCUCAGUGAUGAGAAGAAACCGGAAGUGGUGACGCCAAUCACCGAUGAUGAUGACGAUUAUGUUUAUGAUGUUUACAUUCGACGUCCACUGGCAGAAGCCGAUAUGCUUGCCAACCCACUGGCUGAGCUGGAGUCCGAACAGCAACUCAAGGCACUUCAAGCUCCAAAUUCUGGUAUUGGUGUUAUCGUCAUCACCGAAGAAGAUGAGGAAUACUGGGAGAACUUUAUUGAAGACGACGAAGAGGAAUGGGAUAGUGAAGAUGCAGACUCCAAUGCCGAAAAUCACCCCGCGAAUGAGUACCCCGAAGAAGAGCUGGCUUCCUCCGACGAGGAUGAUGACCCUACUGCUAUAUACAGUAAAUAUCGGGUUCGUGCCGCGUCGGAUGACGAAGAAUUUGAUUUUGACCAUUCUGGGAGUGAGGGUGGUAGAUUCGGACAGUGGCGUUCUGGACAAGCUUAUUCUGAUGAUGAGAGUGAUUAA